GAAGGCUUCGUCGCGCUCUUUGUGUAGUAUUGCGCGUUUCCGUGAGAAAUCGAGCGCGCGCGAUCGCGAACACGCGGCCGCAACCCCGCCGAUCCGGUGGUUAAGUGUGUUGGGGACAACGACAACGACGACAAGCGGACAUUGUUAAGGAAACUAUACGAAACGAAAAAAAAAACACACACGACAAAAUAUUGUCGAUUGUGGUGAGGAAGUGAAGAAAGGAGCGCGAGCGCGCACGUGAAAGUGCGCAAAUUCGACGUCCGUUUGCGAAGGGGCGGUUACUUCCGCAGUUUGCUUAAAACCCAGCCGUGUAGUGUACAUGUUCGAUACACUACUGAAAAGGUGCUGAACCCCUUUUGCUCUACGGUUUGUAAGCAAAACAUUGCCGAUCGCGAAAAAAAAAAACAUAACAACAGAAAAAACACGGCUAAACAACGACCGCGGGAGGUGAAAUUUGAUUACCACCCCCCGAACCCAUAGAGUGCAUCAACAACAACGCGUUGCAAUUUGAAGAAAGAAAAAACACAACUUGUGAAAAGAGAGUUGUAAGAGAAGAAGAUUGGGGAGGAAAACAAAAGGAACAAACACACACACUCGCUAAGAGAGAGAGGAGAGAAAAUAGAGUUUUGAUGAAUAGAGGGUGACUAUUUGCCACUUUUCCUCUCGUUUUGUGCGGAGAUUUUCGCGCGCUGGUGUUUGUGUGUAUUUGUGUAAACGAGCAAUCCAAACCGUUGAAAAUGGUGAAAAUUUAAAUGUGAUUGCCCUUUUUUGCCGCAAGAAGCGAAGUGAAGAAGAAAAGUUGCAGAAACGAAUUAAAUGUGAUGAUCAACUUCGCAGACACGUGUUUGGAAUGUGAAAAGAAGAUGCUGCCCGAAGAUCGAUCAACUGCACGAGGGGAAAAUUUAAUCGAAAUUUAAAACUUGCAAAAGUUGGCAGCUAAACAGUGUUGUGAAGGAGAAAUCGAAAAUAAUACGAAGCGAAAUCGCGAAAACAACAAAAAAAAUCAAUGCAAAGAGCACCCUAUUAAUAGGGUCGUUAGUACCGCGCACUUACGGUGAUAGUGAUUUGAGCGCCCAAACAGGCUACGAACCCGCAUCGUCGUCAUCACACUUUUAAGGGAAAGGUGCGUGUCGAUGUUGGCGAUUAUUGGUGCCUAAUCUGGUGGUCUCAGCAGCGCAGGUGGCAAUGUAGUUGCGAAAGGUGCAAACCCAAAUCAAGUCCCUUUCGGAUCUCAACCCUCAACGCGUUCUACAACAAUGCACCACCAACUCCCCGGUGACUACGUGCAGCAAGUGACGACGAACCCCGCUCUGCCCCUUCCGGGGACCUCGCCGAGGUCCAACCGGUCCACCACCGACACGGAUGCCGAGAUGUCGAUUGGAUAACCUGAGCUUUUUUUUUUAAGUGCUUGUGUGAGGAAAUAUUACGAUUUUUUGUUUUUUUUUUGUUGUAAUCGUCUUUGUGUGACAACCGCGUCCAAAAUGUAGACAUCCGAGUGGAUUCAUUUGUUUCGGGUGUUUUUCGAUUGUUUGAAGAAGAAGACGGUGAAGACGCGGUAAACGAAGAGGAAGAAGUGUGUGUGUUUUUCAGACGACCGCUCAUCGGGUGCAAAGUUGAGCAAUUAGUGAGCGUUCGAGGCACGAUGGGUCGUGCUCGGAUGAGCAUCGUGCUGCUGGUGGUGCUCAUCGCGUGCAAGCUCGGCGAUCCGGCCCGGUCCGGAAGUGACAACUCUACGAAACCGCCGGAAUUGACGACGACGAUCGGCGGAAGAUCGUCGUUCGGUGAGGUUGGGGGGGAAGUCGAGCAAGAUGGCGUUGGCGAUCAAGUUGAAGGGGUGACGACGGUGAAAGGGAGUACGACUCCGUCGGCUCCGGUUGCAUCGCAGCUGGACGGCAGAUCUUCGGUGGCCGCAGCCGCCGCCACCACCGACAAUCUAAAUGAUUCCACCGUAACGACUCCGGCACCGAAGCGCCGCGGCGUGAAUCGGGACAACAAGCUGAUGUCGGUGCUGCAAGCGAGGCGUACGGCGUUGUCGCGGGAUCGCUGGCAGAAGGAGUACCAUCCGCCGUCCUCGUUGAAGCUGCACCGGCAUCACAACCCGGCGGUGAACCUGGUUGAGGAUAGCAGCACUCCGGAGUCAAAUCUGAUCAUCCCACCGGGGAGUAGGAUCAGCGUUCCCGGGGUAGACGAGUUCUUGGAUACGGACGAGUCCAUCCAUGGGAUGUACGUGGUCAAUCCGAGGACUGGGAAGAUCGCACUUCAGCACAGUGGUCCGCAGAUCAAGCUGGCCAAGGAGACUAACAAUUUUGUAGCCCAACCUGGUAACAAGACUGGCGAGAGUACGAAGCUAACCUCUACGAAGCCAUUUCCAGGGCGAAGUAUGUACUAUGAACCUAGAGGUAAGAGGACACGCGAUCGCAAGACGUUCUCAACGUCAACCGAGCGAUCAGUCGACGAUUCCGAACUGGUGUCGUAUCAGUUCUUUGGACAGAAGUUGAUCCCGGCUAGCAAGAAUAUAGAUUCUCGAAAUCAGGUCAUCAACCCGAAAGGGACGCGACUCAACAAGCUCAAGGAAGACUCGUUGGAGAUGAUGGAGGUGUCUGCGCCGAAACCAUCAACCGAGAAGAACAAGUUCUGGCAGAGUCGACUAGCCUACCAAUCCCGCAACAUUGUCGCUUUCAACAACUAUCUGCGACGAUCGAAGGAUGGAAUCUACGGAAUGACCGCUGCGCCGUCCAUCUCUACGAUGACUACUCCCACCGACAACCCGGUGCAUUCGGACUCCCUUACCAACUCGAUGAUCGCGUUGAGCAAUCUUUCGGAAGGAUCAGUUGACGCCAAGCAGGUAUUCUCCAGGAGUGCCAACUUCAGCUCGCCGAACAAGGUGCAGAUUACGAGUACGACGACGACGGAAGCAACCUCUACCAGUACGGAGCGUAUUCCACCGAAUCACAAGCCGGAUGACGAACUUCCAGGGUUGUUUAGCCCGACCGGUUUGGCUCAAAUCUCCAAGCUGAUCAUCAACUAUCCGGAUGACGCCACUCCAGAGGAGUUGCACCGUGCGAGUAGCUACCAGCCUGUGGUUGAACCCAUCCCAGAGUUGACCACCUUGAAACCAGAAGUCGUCGAAGAAGAAACCACCCAACUCCCAGUUGACGACUACGAAACCCCCAGGAAUCUGGUGUCGAUCCCAGACAUCAACCACAUCUUCCAGAACUUGUCGACAAGUACGACCACCUCAACCGAGCGUCCCACCCCACAACCAGAGGCCAGUACGGAACGUUACGUUCCGGAAACUUCACCGCUACCUGUUACGAUCGCACCCGAGCUGACCCCAGCACCAGUACCAUCAACCACGACCACAACAACCUCCACAACCACAACCACGGAAGCUCCCACCACGACUUCAACAACCACCACAACCACAACCACCACCACGACUCCCCGACCAACAACCUCAUCCACAACCCCCACCCCAAUCAUAUCCGAAGUGAUCACGCAGCCAUCCACCGACAGCUACCCGGACGUGGUCUACCACGCCGACGAAGAGCAACCCACCGCCCACACCAACAGCUCCGAUUUCAGCCCCAUCCUGUCCCGUGUGUUCCCCAAACUGUCCCGCGAACCCCUACCCACACGAUCCUCCAACGUGGACUUCUCGAUCGCCUCCCCCGCCCCAACCCAGCAAGACAACGCCACCAAAAAACCCGCGAUCGCGUACGAGGGUGUCCUGCUGCAGCACAACAGCGACGUGGUGAUCGAGAUGCGCAAGAUGAACACCGCGACGUUCGUGCUGGCCGGACUCGGCAUGCUGCCGAUCGUCAUCAUCAUCCUGUACGUGAUCAAGGCGGCCGUUUGCAAGCGCGAGAACAAGGUGUCGCACGAUCUGGAGCGGUACAUUCCGGACGGGCAGCCGCCGAUCAGCCCGGUGGUGCGGUUGGAGCAGUCGGACACCUCGAGCGUGGCGGACGAGUCGAUCAUCACCGAUCGGGACUUUAACCGGAAGAACCUCCGGUUCAAGAGUCUGCUCGGGGAGGGUAACUUUGGGCAGGUUUGGAAGGCGGAAGCGGACGAUCUGGCGGGUCACUUUGGCACGACGAGGAUCGUGGCGGUUAAGACCGAGCGCAGUGAUAAUGGGCAUGGGGAUUUGAAGGCCGAGGCGGAGAUCAUGCGGAAGCUGGGAUCGCACCCGAAUGUGGUGACGUUGCUGGGGGCGUGCUUGGAGCAAGAACCACAACUGCUGAUCAUGGAGUACGCCAUGCGGGGCCGUCUGCUCUCCCUGCUGCGUGCCGCCCGAGGUGCUGUAAACGGGCUCGCCCCUACAAUCCACGGCAACCGGACGCCCAUCAUGCCCCUCUCGCCACGGAGGCUCACCGGAUUCGCCCACGACAUUGCCCGGGGCAUGGAGUACAUCGCGGACAAGAAGAUCGUCCACCGGGACCUUGCGGCGCGAAACGUCCUGCUGGACCACAACGGCAUCUGCAAGAUCUGCGACUUUGGGAUGUCGAUCGACCUGGAGAAGAUCAAGUCGUCGCAGGCGCACGUCCGCGUUCCGCGGGCACACCACAGCGAGUCGCGCUUCAAGUUCGAUCUGAGCGCGCGAUCGUUCGGCAUCGGGCGGCACCACAGUCACGGCCACGAGGGCCUGGGAAGGCACGGUCGCGGCCACGACACCAAGAGUCGACCGGCGCUGCCGAUCCGGUGGAUGGCCCCGGAAGCGCUCCAGUAUCACAUCUUUUCGCGCGAAACGGACGUCUGGGCGUUUGGGAUCGUGCUGUGGGAGAUUGCCACCUUGGGGUGCACCCCCUACCCCACGCUGUCCGGCCGGGAGGUCGUACGAAACGUGCCCAGUGGUGCCAGGCCGGAGAUUCCCCCGGACUGCCGGCCCGAACUGUACGACCUGAUGCAGCGCACGUGGCGAAAGGAUCCCCGCCAGAGGCCGACCUUCUCCGAGUCUCGGAACUGCCUGGCCCGGACGCUGUGCCAGUGGCAGCUCGAGGAAACGGACACUUCCAACACGUCCGAGUACCUGGACGUCAGCGGGUUCAGCGAGGACCUGGAACAGGGCAUGGUGUACUUUAACCGGCGAAUUUCCGAGUUUGAGUGCGAAAUCUAGCGAUUUUCUCCCGGUUUUCGGAAGCUUGUGUGUAUAGUGACAGUGGCGCAGUAUUACUCUCCGACAAAUCCCUGAACACCCUCUCCUCUGCCUCUCCCUUCAAGCGCACCACAACCUUAAAUUAAUUUAUUCCCUUCCCCCAAAAAGACACAUCUUUCUGCAAAAGAAACGCGCAAUUAUGUUAUUAGUUAGUUAUUUUUAUCGGUUCUCGUUGAAACGAACAUUUUGAGCUUGCAAUUUCCAUCUAUCGUUUUCCUGGCGAAAACUCACUGGAAAUUUAUCCGGAAUGGUUGACACCGUCGUUUGGACUUCUAUUGGCUUUUUUUUAGUAUUGUUAUCGAAUCCCAUCCCCCAUUCGACCGUGCUCACGACUCAUUGAACAUAACAUGCAAAGUGUGCUUUAGUCCCUGUUGUAAAUAGUGAAUUUCCACUUUCUAUCGUGACAAACGAAAACAAACCCUCUCACCGUGUGUGCAAUUGUCCUUGAAUACAGUAAAUAGCAAAUUUAAUUCAUUUCCAUUUGUUGUUUUUGAGAAAUCAUCUAUCAACCCCCCACACAUAGAACAUACACCCACAUCGUUUGAGAAGAGAAUUAAGCAAUUUUGUACAUUUUUUAUUCACCGUCGGCGCCGUACGUAGCAGAGUUAAGAAGCAACAGAAAGAAAGUCCAUCAUCCGUGGUCGUCAUCGUCGUCGUAUCAGAAAGUGAGAUGAUUUUAUACUUAUUUUUACGAAGAUAGUUUUUUUUCCUUCUUCCCUUUUUGUUUUGUUAACUAGACAACAAAGUGUAGGAAAGAGCACGUGAUCUUUUCCGAAUAAAGAAUAAUAUUUAAAAAUAA